AUGCCUGUCAUUGCCGCUGGCGUGGUAACCAAACGAGGCCGCAUCGUUCUUUCGCGGAGCUUUAAUGAAAUCUCGCGGAUUCGUCUUGAAGGCCUUCUCUCCGCAUUCCCGCGGCUUUUGGAGUCGUCCAUCAACAAGCAGGUGACCUACAUUGAUGCCGGUGUGGUACGGUACGUGUACCAGCCGCUUGAGGAACUCUUUCUUGUCCUCAUCACAACAAAAAACAGCAACAUCGUUGAGGAUCUGGAGACACUCCAUCUUAUGGGCCGCCUCAUUCCAGAGUAUGUGGACACGGUGACUGAAGCAACGCUAGAAGCAAAGGCGUUUCGUGUCCUUUUUGCCCUUGACGAAGUCAUUGUUGGAGGCAAGCGGGAGAACACAACCUUGGAACAAAUCCGGACGUAUCUUGAAAUGAACUCGCAUGAGGAGAUCAUGGUGCGGGAGGAGAAGCGGCUGCAGAUGGAGCGCGCGAAGAAGGAUGCAUCACGCAAGGCACACGAGCUGCGUGAAAAGCGACGGAAGGGGAUGAAUCCGUACAGCGGCAUCAGCUCAGCCGAUCCGAGCUACGAUGGCUUUGGCAAUACGAGUGCACCUGUGGUAGUCAGCGGUGGUGGUGAGCCUGCUAUCUUGUCACAUGCAUUUGGAGGAAUCUCGUCAAUAUCUACUGCAUCCACUUCAGCAGCAGCACCGGCACCGAAGCGGGCCGGCGGGCUAACUCUUGGUCGUGCAAGGAAGGCGGAUAUUACGUCGCGGGUGUUGAAGGAGGCGGGGCUGUCAUCGCCCACCAAUGUCACUGCUGCCUCGGCGCAACAGUCAUCAGCGUUAACCACAGGUGGCGAGGGAGGUUUGGAUCCAAGGAAGGAGAUGCGUGCGGGAGGCGUGGAGGGUCUACACAUUGUUCUGGAGGAAAAGAUUAGUGCCCAGCUGAAUCGUGACGGGGAGGGCGGUGCGGUGGAUAUCCGUGGUGAGUUAUCCGUGCUCGUCUCCGACCCGCAGUUGUCAAAUGUGCGGCUUAUACUUUCUCCCAUGAGCAGCGAUUUCUCGUUUCGUGCCCACGCCAAGGUGAACAAGGAGAUAUUUGCCGAAGACCAUGUACUCUCCAUGCGUGACAACAAACCGUUACCAGUACAACAGCAGGUAACAAUUCUGCGGUGGCGUCUCAUUAAUCCUGAUGCUGUGCGCCCGCCCAUCAUGCUAUCGUGCUGGCCAAGCGCGGGGAGUAUCACAGUGGAGUAUGAAUUGGAGAACACCAACACCGUCAUUGACGCCCUCCACGACGUUCGCAUCUCCUUCCCAUUGCAUGGUGCCAAGGCUGAAGCGGUAACCGUCUCCGUGGGCACCUGGAGCAUCUCCAAUGGGUGCGUUCUAUGGUCUAUUCCUUCAGUGGAUGCCCAUAAUCACUCCACGGGCAAUGUGGAGAUUGAACUCGCAGAUGAUGGCGAUGGUGCGACUGCGGGGAGUGAAGUUUUCUUCCCCGUAAAUGUUAACUUCACCUCCAGCACGAUCGUCGCAAAGGUGCAGGUGGUUGAGGUGGUGCAAAUUAACAGCGGGGCCCCUGCGCACUUCAGUCAGGAGUCACGCCUCGUCGCGGAAUCGUACACUGUUGCGGGAUAG